UUUGGUUUAACACGUGUCAAGUUCCUUCACUUCGUCGUACUACUCUUCGCUAAACCCUCACUAGUAAACCUUCCAUGUAUGCAUGGAAAAAAUGCUACACAUCAAUGACGAUUUUCAAAUCAAUUCAAGCCCUAAUAUCUCGAAAUCGAAAGUUCCAUUCCAACUCUCUCACUUCUUCUAGAACCUUCUCAUCAUCAACGAUUCCAUUAACGCCGUUACUUAAUGUUGAUCCUUUCGUCUCUUACCGGAGCCGCCGCCACUUCCUCUUCCGUCCCAGUUUCCUUUCUCCGUUAACCGCCGCCGUUAAUUUCUGUCCACUUUUUCUAUCUUCACCGCCUUGUAAACUUUCUCAGUCGGCAACUUCUUUACAUCUUCAAUCGGAUUUUGUUCUUGUUUUUCCUGGAGUUAGUGCUCUUAGAUUGCAAUUUCCGACUACGUACAAAUUAUGCUUCGAAUCGACGCCGCGUAGAUUGGAAAAGGAGAAGAAUGAUAAGCAAUGGAAAGAGUCUUCGUCUCAGCUGGCUGUUGAAGUUAGGGAUAGUUUCCUUAACUUGCCCAAUUUGAUUUCGUUGAGUAGAAUGAUCUCUGGUCCAUUUCUAGCAUGGAUGAUUAUACAGGAUAUGUAUCUUCCUGCAUUGGUUGGGCUAGCCGUUUCUGGGGCAACUGAUUGGCUAGAUGGGUUUAUGGCGAGGAGGAUGAGAAUAAAUUCCGUUGUUGGUUCUUAUCUUGAUCCUCUUGCUGACAAGGUUCUUAUUGCAUUUGUCGCUCUGGCAAUGGUAGACAAGGGUCUUCUUCAUCCUGGACUAGUUUCCCUGGUUGUGCUGCGUGAUGUGGCCCUUGUUGGUGGUGCGGUAUAUAAAAGAGCUAGCAUUUUAGAGUGGAAGUGGUCAAGCUGGUAUGAGUUCUUCAACCUUGAUGGUGCCCGUCCUCAGAAAGUUGAGCCUCUUUUUAUAAGCAAGGUAAAUACAGUUUUGCAAUUGGCCCUCGUUGCUGCAGCUCUCCUUCAACCGGAUCUGGGUAAUGCGGAAACUCAAACAUAUAUCACUUAUCUCAGCUGGCUAGUAGCCAUGACAACAGUAGGUUCAACUGUGGCCUAUGGAGCACAACACCUUAGGAGUGGAGCUACAUUGAAGAACAGACUCUAAUUGACCUAGUACUUACAACAGAAAAAAUUGCCUGCUCCUUCCAGUUUUGUUUUUGCCCCAUGAGAUGUCAAACUAACCUUAUCAAAAAAAAUAAAAAAUAAAAAAAAUGUCAAAUUAAUGUUCCAUUAUGUUAUAUAUCUGAUAGAAGGGGAGAUUAUAGGUUUUGUUGUACGCGAUUCUCACUCAUUUCCUAGGGCACUGCUCUAUCAGGAUAUAAGAAGUUUUACUGUCGUAUUUACGUCACUGCUGAUAUUGAAAGACGCAAUAAUAACAUGAAACCCGAUGCUAUCCUUGUGAUAUUUUCAGGGUAUUUGAGACACUUCAGAGUUCCAGGAA